AUGGCUUCCCGUACACACCUUGAUGCUUCAUCCCGAAAGAGCCCCUGCGAGAUUCAACCGACAGAAAUAUACUACGGUACAAGCAAAGACAUCGAACCACCAGUCAAGUUCCGAAUCGCCACAGGCGGAGCCGGUCAAUCUGGCCUCCUCAAAGCCUUGGCGGAAGCCUUCAUUCACGAUCAAGUGAGCGAGACAAACUGCCCGCCCUUCGCCGUAUCCUGGAUCAAAUCCGACACCACGGCAUCUUUCAACCACCUCGCCGACGAUACCGCCGAUCUAAGCAUCACAUACAACGCGGCGGCGGAGCAAAUCGCGAUAGCGCAGGGCAUCGCAGACAAGCACGUUUACGCGUGGCGAGACCACUUUCUGCUCGUCGCCGUUUAUUGCCCAAAACGCUCGUAUCUCACCAGGACAACGAAAGGACCGAAGACCAACCCUGCAAAUCUUACCAUCUCCCCAACCGCCACCAUCGAAGCGCUCUUCUCCCAGUUGUUCAUCGCCGCCAUCGCCUCCGACAACACUGUGCGCUUCCUCUCGCGGUACGACAAAUCCGCCACCAACAUCAAAGAAUCCGCCAUCUGGACCUCCAUUGGCCAGACACCGUGGUCCUACCCCUUUUCCUUCUUCUACCACAUCAACCCUGACUUUCCCUACCAAGCACUGGCGACGGCUGCGAAGCUGCAGGAGUACACGCUCAUAGAUCGCGGCACCUGGUACGGAGUUGAGCCGUGGAUCAGAGAGCAUAUGAAGAUAUUCAUGGAGGGUAAAGACGACGACAAGACCGACAUCCUACUGAACCCUGCCCGGGCACUCGUGGGUGCGUAUGGCGAGAACAAGGCCAUGGCGGACGCUUUUGCGGAGUGGAUCUCCAGACCUGAGGGCGGUCAGAAAGUUGUGGGUGAUUUUGCGGUGGAUGGUGUUGUGCUCUACACGCAAGCUCCUCUAGAGAUCCCGAGCGGACUGUGA